AUGCCCACCGCGAAGGUGACGGAGAAGGAGGCGGCGUGCGUGACGGCGCUCAAGGGCGAGUACCCGGCCAGCAAGGCCGACCCCGCAGAUGCCGGCUUCCUCAGCGACAGCACGUACCUCCGCUUUGCACGUGCGCACGAUGGCAACGUCAAGAAGGCUUCUGAGCUGCUUGGUGCCACCUUGAGGUGGCGCAAGCAGACCAAACCCUACGCCAUCACCAUGGAGGAGGUCCAAAACGCGAUGAAGCAGACAACCAUGUACUGCGGUGGCCGCUGUAACAUUGGGUGUCCCGUGAUUGCGAUGGUCCCCGGCAUGCAGAACGACUGCACCGUCGAGGAGAGAACGAAGCAGCUGGUGUACAUAAUGGAGGAGACCCACCGCAAGGGCUACGAGCGCAUCACCUGGAUCAUCGACUUUGGUGCCAUGGGCAGUCACCGCGAUGAGCGCAGCAAGGAGGCGCGCAAGGAGACAAUGAAGAUUUUGCAGGACUACUACCCGGAGCGCAUGGCACGCAUCCUGCUCUACCGGACGCCGUGGUAUAUUCGCAUGUUACUCGGUGCUGCCAAGAUGUUCAUGGAUGCCCGGACCGCGGCGAAGGUCUACAACGCUGGGAGAACUAUUGAGGCGCUGGAAAAGUUCGUUGACCGCGACCAGGUGCCGCCGGUCUGCGGUGGUACAAUGAAGGGCUCCGCCUUGUCGCACCUCGAGGAGCUGCCGAGCCUAAACAGCGAGUAG